AUGGAUAGAGUAUUUGUCAAGGCUAUUGCCACCAUCAAGGCACUCUCGUCAAGAUCCAAUUACGGGACGCUACCGCGACCACCAGCAGAGAGUCGUAUGAAACUAUAUGGCUUAUACAAGCAAGCAACAGAAGGUAAUGUAGAAGGAGUCAUGCCUCGACCAAUGGGGUAUACCGUGGAAGAUGAAGGAGCUAAGAGGAAGUGGGACGCGUGGAAACGGGAAGAAGGUUAUCUGAAGACAGAAGCAAAACGUCAGUACAUUAGCUAUUUGAUCGAUACUAUGCGUAUGUAUGCUAGCGGCACUCAUGAAGCUAGGGAACUCUUGAGUGAAUUGGAAUUUGUAUGGGAUCAAAUCAAAGAUCUUCCUUAUAAUCCAGAUGAAGAAACCCAUAUACCAAUCCCCUCUCAUCUGCCUCUGUUCAGUCAACUGGACAGAUUCACCAAUACUACUACCCCAGUACCUAAUCCUCAAUACAGAGAUAACUUGAACAGAAUUUAUUCUCAUUCAAGAAGAUCUACGGCUUUUUCUGUUAAUGAGUACAAUGCUAGAUUGGGUGGUCAUGAAGAUCCUGCUGAUACGGGGGUUCCCAAAACUUCCGGUCCAUUAUCUGUGUUCUCAUUGCCCCAAAUGGAAGACGUAACUGCUGGCUUUGGUUAUGGCGGUGGUGGUGGUCGAGGUCCUACACCAGGCGGUCGCAAGUCUUUUACUUCAGCUAGUCAUGGACAUACAGCAGCUUUAGCUGCUGGAUUAGGUCAUGGUGGUACUGCUCCUGUAAAUGCUGCUGCUAAUGCUGCUGCCGCAGUUUCUUCAGGAGUAACGGGCGCUAUUCCCGCAUCUGUUGAAGAAUUCAAGGCAUGGCAAGCUGAAAUCAAUUUGGCUAUUAAUAAACUCAUGAGAGAAAUUACUCAACGAAGCUCUUCUACAAGAAAUAAGCAUCAAUUAGAACAAUCAGACAGGCAUGGUCCCAAUUCCAAUGGUGAAAAUAUUUCCAAAUUAAAGAUUCAACUUAAGAAACGUCUUUUGAGCAUUGGCCGAAUUCUUGGGUGGAACCUUUUGAAAAUCGUUCAAAAUUUCUUCUUCUCUGUGGUUGCUCUUCUCUUUAUUGCAUGGUGUCUUAAAAGAAAUGUUGUGGUCAAUCGGACAAUUGUUAAAUUACCUGGUGAUCUGAUUUCCACCAGACAGAAGAAGGAAUUGGUGAUAAACUUGAUCCUUGAAACCUCUGAAAAUAAAUGGUUCAUACGACUUUUAGGCUUCAUAAACAAGGUAGUUGGUUUUGUAUGA